CGUUGAAAACAGCCUCGCACUCGGACACGGAAGUGACGCCACUCUAGAAUCCCCCCCGUACUUCCGAUCUUCAGCGCUGCUGCGACUCAUCUGAGCGAACGGAUCGGAUCUCUGUCCCGAAAUCUUUCUACAGCCAGCGUCGAGUGGCGGCCCGACGCGGUCCGGCAGUAUUUUUUUUCUCUGAGCUUAUCCCUUGCUCCGGUUCCUCAUGAGUGACGGGGAGUGUGAUUUCUUCUGCUUUUUUCGGUGCUGCUAAAAGCCACAGGGCCCCCUGGGAUUCUCGGUCCGGUCGGGGGCGGAGAGGAGCAGCUCAGUAGCUGCUGAUUAGUGGAGAGCAGCUGUCAGUCAGGGAAAGGUCGGGCCCGGAGGGCUAUGUCUGUGGACAUGAGUAGCCAAGCCUCAGACAGUAACGAGGAAUUCGAAGAUGACGAAGAUGUCGUGGAGGGCGACAUCCCUGAUUAUUAUGAUGGACUUGAUGAUGACGUGGCGGUGGAAGAACCGUUUGACCCGGAAGAGUACCAGUUCAAUUGCUUGACAUACAGGGAGAGCCAGAGGGUACUAACUGAGGAGGUCAACAAUGUAGCCAGUGCCCUAAAGGUGUCACCAGCUGUAGCCAAACUGGUCCUUGUACAUUUUCACUGGCAAGUGUCACAAAUACUCGAAAGGUAUAAGUCCAAUUCCUCUCAGUUGCUAUGUGAAGCCCAUGCUCAGCCUACAAGCAUCUGCAGAUCUCUCACUGCCGGGACGUCACAGCAGUGCGGGGUGUGUCUGCAGCUGGUCCGGAGAGACGCUCUCCUCUCUCUACCCUGUCAGCACUCCUUCUGCAAGGCAUGCUGGGAGCAGCACUGCACUGUACUUGUCAAAGAUGGUGUGGGAGUGGAGAUCUCCUGCAUGGCGCAGGACUGCUCUCUCCGCAUGCCAGAUGAUUUUGUUCUUCCUCUGCUGUCCAGCGAGGAACUGAAAGACAAAUACAGACGCUACCUCUUCAGGGACUAUGUAGAGAGUCAUUUCCAGCUGCAGUUGUGUCCUGGUGCCGACUGUCCGAUAGUUAUACAGGUGCAGAAACCUCGAGCUCGUAGAGUCCAAUGCAGCCGCUGCGAAGAAGUCUUCUGUUUUAAGUGCAGACAGAUGUACCACGCACCCACAGACUGUGCUACCAUCCGCAAAUGGCUGACCAAAUGUGCAGAUGACUCUGAGACAGCCAACUACAUCAGUGCACACACUAAAGAUUGCCCUAAGUGCAAUAUCUGCAUUGAGAAGAAUGGAGGGUGCAACCACAUGCAAUGCUCAAAGUGUAAACAUGAUUUCUGCUGGAUGUGUCUGGGCGAUUGGAAGACUCAUGGCAGUGAGUACUACGAGUGCAGUCGUUACAAAGAGAACCCAGACAUCGUGAAUCAGAGCCAGCAGGCCCAGGCCAGAGAGGCCCUCAAAAAAUACCUGUUCUACUUUGAGAGGUGGGAGAACCACAAUAAGAGCUUGCAGCUGGAGGCACAGACAUACCAGCGGAUCCAGGAGAAGAUUCAGGAGCGAGUCAUGAAUAACCUGGGCACCUGGAUUGACUGGCAGUACCUGCAGAAUGCUGCCAAGCUACUGGCCAAGUGUCGUUACACACUGCAGUACACUUAUCCUUAUGCCUACUACAUGGAGUCUGGACCCCGCAAAAAACUGUUUGAGUAUCAGCAAGCGCAGUUGGAGGCGGAGAUCGAGAACUUGUCAUGGAAAGUGGAGAGAGCAGACAGUUAUGAGAGAGGAGAGCCGAGCGCUAAUGAUAGAGGGGAUCUGGAGAACCAGAUGCACAUUGCUGAGCAGAAGAGACGGACGCUGCUGAAGGAUUUCCACGACACCUAAACAUCCGUCCAUCAAAUCCACGUCGAGUUCACUCUUCUCUCAACUGUCUUGGCCCCUUCUCUCCAAAGAUACCCCUUCCACUUUUUUUUGGUCAAAACUCUACUCUGCAUCUCUCAUAAUGUUUCGUCCAUCUCCUUUUUGUUUUUCUCAUUUAUCUCUUUACAAAGCAGUUUUUUUCCCCUUUUGUUCAUUCUUUCCUUCAUCAGUGCCCCGUUUUUUGCUUUCUAAUCUACUCGGCUGCAGGGUUUGAGAAAAGCAAAAUUGUAUACUGGCGUUCGCAUAGACAAUGCAUUCUCACAUCCCCACGUCAGCUGACAUUACACAUGCACACACAUACGCACGCACACACACUCAAAACACUCCACCGAAACAGUCUAACUCUUUUCUUCCUACAACAUUGCUCCUGCCAUAACUUCUGCCGCCUUUCCUUCUCACUCUUGCUUUCUUCUCAUGUUUUUUUUUCUUCCUUGGAAAUGGCUGUUGAUAGUUAGAUCAUUUAAAAAAAAAAACUGAAAACUGAAAAAAAAGAUGAAAAACAAAUGAUGCUGUAAUUUUCAACGGUUGUACAUUAAUACAGAAAUAGAGUUACUGAGAGAAAGUUUUUAAACCAGACAGUGACUCUUGUGUUUUCUUGUGCACACACGAUAAAGAUGUAUUUGCACUACACUACCAAUCAAAGUUUUGCGGUCAGCAGUAUUUGUUCGUUUUUAAAAGAAGUCUCUCAUGCUCACCAAGGUUGCAUUUAUUGGACUAAAAAUACAGUAAUAUUGUGAAAUGUUUAAAAUAACAGUUUUCUGUUUUAACGUAUCUUAAAUGUAAUUCAUUCCUGUGAUGGCAAAGCUGAAUUUUCAGCAGCUAUUACUGCAGUCUUUUGUGUCACAUGAUCCUUCAGAAAUCAUUCUAAUAUGCUGAUGUGGUGCUCAAGAUUUUUUAUUUUUAAAAAGGUAAUUAAUUAAUAUUCAUAGUAUUUUAUUAUUAAAUAUUAUCACAAUUUAAAAUGCAGUGUGAAAACUUUUUUUUUUUUUUUUUAAUUUAGAAAGAACAUUUACACAUUUAAAAAUAUAAAUAUUUUAUAACAUUAAAUGUCUUGUUUUUGAUAAGUUGAAUACAUCCUUGCUAAAUAAAAGUAUUUAUUUUUUUCAUAGUGAUCCCAAAAGUUUGAAUGGUGGUGUACAUGUGCAUUUGAAAUGGCAUAUAUUCAUGUACCACACAACUUUUCAACAUGUAACACUUAAUUUAUGCAAAACCAGAGUUGUCUCUGACACCAAAAUGUUAAGAGCUGCCAUAUAUGUGACCCUGGACCACAAAACCAGUCUUAAGUAGCACAAGUAUACUUGUAGCAAUAGCCAACAAUACAUUGUAUGCAGGGUUGCCAGGUUUUUACAAUAAAACCCGCUUAAUUCCUACUCAAAGCUAGCCGAAAAGGGGGGUUAAAAAUCGCAUUCCGGGGGCUAAAAUACACCUUUUUUUUUUUUUUUUCCUGAUAAAAUUAGCUUUCCAUUGAGAGAUACAUUUACUACUGUUAUGCUAUGUAAAAACUGAUUUACAUCCGUUGUUAUAUGCACUUAUUUAUGUUUCUGAGCGAGCACAUGUAAGCGAAAGAAAGCGCAUCUGUUUUGUCUGCGAGUGAAGAGAAUCCACCUGCGAGAGAAGAGAUUUGUUUUGGCAAAUUUUGAUGUGCACUCACAUUAGAAUAAUGCGCUCUGGAUAUAUUUGUCAUAAAAAAUAAUGCCAUAGAAACAGUCUCAAACUAACUAUUAAAAUAAGAAGAAAGUCAUGUCUGAGAGCUGCAUUGUUUUUUGUUUUUUUUUAAUGAAGAAUAUUGUGUUUUCCUGUGUGUGCUCAACCAUUUCCGUCGGUGGUGUUAGAUCACACGUUUGCGGAAACUAUGCUGCAAAAAGAAUAAAUAAAAAGCUUUUUUAAAAAGGCAAAAGAACGUAUGUACAUUUUCUUAAUAUGACAAUUAAAAACUAAUAGUCUGAUAAAUAUUCGGGACAUUUUCUCAAUAAGCGAUGUGCGGAACAAGGCAAAGCGGGACGGGUGGUAACACUAAUGAACGUGGACUUGGCAACAUGGACUGUAUGGGUCAAAAUGAUCAAUUUUCCUUUUAUGCCAAAAAUCAUUAGGAUAUUAAGUAAAGAUCAUGUUCCGUGAAGAUAUUUUGUAAACUUCCUACCGUAAAUAUAUCAGAACUUAAUUUGUGACCCUGGACCACAAAAUCAGUCUUAAGUAGCACUGGUAUAUUUGUAGCAAUAGCCAAAAAUACAUUGUAUGGGUCAAAAUUAUACAUUUUUCUUUUAUGCCAGAAAUCAUUAGAAUAUUAGUUAAAGAUCAUGUAUGUAUGUAAAAAACAAAACAAAAAAACAAAAAAAACCUUAUGACUGGUUUUGUGGUCCUGGGUCACAUUUUUUAUUAGUAAUAUGCAUUGAUAAGAACUUUAUUUGGACAACUUUAAAGGCGAUUUUCUCAGUAUUUCGUUUACUCUUAUGACUGGUUUUGUGGUUAAUUUUUAUUCUAUUAACAGGUGACCUACAGCCAUAAAAUGCAACAUUUGGUCUUUACAGCAAAGAAUAAACACAAUAUGCAGUACUGUA